CCCAUUUCUCUUCCUCCUGUAAACUUCUAGUAAAGAAGACACAACGUCAAUCAUCACAAUGGCUCCUGUCAAGGAAUACGCUCUCGUCUGCCUGGAGAACCCUCUCCUCGACAUCCAGGCUGUCGGUGACCAGGCUCUGCUCGACAAGUACAGCCUCAAGGCCAACGACGCCAUCCUCGCCGAGGACAAGCACAAACCCAUCUACGAGGACCUCCUCAACAACUUUGACGCAAAGCUCAUUGCCGGCGGCGCUGCCCAAAACACCGCCCGCGGCGCCCAGUACAUCCUGCCCCCCAACAGCGUCGUCUACUUUGGUUGUGUCGGCGACGACAAGUACGCCGCCAUCCUGCGCGAUGCCGUCAAGGCCGCCGGCCUGCGUGUUGAGUACCGCGUUGAUCCCACUCACCCCACCGGCCGAUGCGGUGUUGUCAUCACCGGCCACAACCGCAGUCUCUGCACUGACCUCGGUGCUUCCGACCACUACGGCCUGGACCACCUGAAGAAGCCCGAGAUCUGGGCCCUGGUUGAGAAUGCCGAGGUCUUUUACGUUGGAGGCUACCACUUCACCGUUUCCCCUCCCGCCAUCAUGGAGCUCGCCAAGGAGGCCGCCGCGAAGAACAAGCCCCUCAUCGUGUCUCUCGCUGCUCCCUUCAUCCCCCAGUUCUUCAAGGAGGUUGUCGACGCCAGCGCCCCCUACUGGGACUACGUCAUUGGCAACGAGGCUGAGGCUGCUGCUUAUGCCGAGGCUCACAACCUUCCUUCCAAGGAGCCCAAGGAUGUUGUCAAGGUUCUGGCCAACCUGCCCAAGGAGAACACCCAGCGAAAGCGUGUUGCCAUCAUCACCCAGGGUACCGAGCCCACCUUGGUCGCCAUCCAGGGCGAGGAGGAGGUCAAGGUCUUCCCCGUCCGCCCCAUCGACCCUGCUCUGAUCAACGAUACCAACGGUGCUGGUGAUGCCUUUGCUGGUGGUCUGGUCGCUGGUAUUGUCCAGGGCGAGUCACUGGAGGCUUCCAUUGACAAGGGUCAGUGGCUUGCUAAGCUGAGCAUCCAGGAGCUUGGUCCUUCUUACCCCUUCCCCAAGCAGGUCUACUCUGCAUCAUCUUAAAGUGCCUUAAAUAGCGCAUUGCUCUUGUCGAUCCAUUCCCACGGUAGGGAUGGAGAGGAAUUGGCGUUGAGGGAUUAAAACGGGAGAAAAGGUUUCAACAACGGCGUUUUGCAUCAAUAGGGUAGAGAGUCCAGAAGCAGUGGCUCCCUUUGCAUAGCGAUUUGGUAUCCUCCACGAUACAUAAUCAGUCUUUGUCUUUUUUUUUCGAUGCUUUUCAAUCAGUUUAUGAUAAAUGAUAGACCAGAUUUACCACCCAUAAAUUAUUCUUAUAUCUGGCUUGAAAUUGCAACUGCAUAUUUUUUGGUUUCUC